AUGCAGCCAGAGGCAGCGGGCGUUGAGUGGCUGCUGGGCCCCGGGGCUUCCCUGCGGCGCCUGGCAGGGCUGUGGCGGCAGCGGCAGGACUACUCUGGCCGUCUGCGGGCAGCUCUCACGCUGACCGCCGUCGCUCUGAUGCCGACCUUCGUCGCCCUCAAGCUGACCAUGGACCCUCCUGACGAACUAGAAGAACUCACGUUGUGUGGCUUUGUUGCCUUUAUUUCCAGUGGAGCCUUCGUCAAGGGUGUGCUCUUCAUCCGUGGAGGACGUACUCUGCGCCAGCUGGUGCAGCUUCUGUCCCUGACCGUGCAACACUACGGCAGUGGAGAAGGCGGCGAAGCCAUACGGAGCCGUUAUCGGAAGCUAUCGGACCGCGUGUACAAGUACUCACAGGCAGCUGUGGUUCAAGCCAUCGUAGUCUGGGUGUGUUCUCCGCUGCUGUUCAACGCAUUGCUCGGUGCCUCACGGGACUCUGGAGAGCUGCCCAUGCCUGUCUGGCUACCUCUGGACAUCCAAGUGUCGCCUACGUAUGAACUUCUGUAUGCGACGACUUCAUUCUGCCUUAUGAGUGAUGCCGAAUCUUCGGUCAUCGUCGAUACUUUCUUCAUUCACCUCAUGCUGAUGAUUGCCGCAGAAAUAGAAGUUUUAAGCCACAAUGUUCUAGCUAUGCAAACAACUCGUAUGGAGAGUCCACAGUGCAAUGCUGAGGAAUUUUACUCCAGAGCUCAAGUAAAUAAUGAAACGUCAAAAUUUUCUUGCGACUAUCACUCCUUAAAUACCACGUCAGAUGAAGAGUUACAUUUGCAGCUACUGAAGAACAUUCGACAUCAUCAGAUGAUACAUAGAUUGGUCUCUCUUCUGCAGUCGUCAAUGAGUGUUUCAAUAUUUAUAACGCUGUUCAUCAACAUGGCUAAUUUGUGUUUCUGUUUGUUCAUCACUGCAGUGUUGUUGCAGAGAGACAAGUACGUAACAAAAGCACUGAAGAUGUUGUUGGCAAUACCUCCACUGCUGUACCAAACUGGGCAGUACUGUAUUUUUGCCAACAUCAUAACAGAUCAGAGCGAAAAACUGGUCAUCUCCGCCUUCGAAUGUGGUUGGACAGAUUGUGACAUUCGUUUCAAACGUAACCUGCUCAUCUUCAUGGUGCGAGCUAUGCAGCCGACAGAGAUCAUUGUCGGGAAGACCUGCAAACUGUCCAAGCAGAUGCUGUUACAGGUGCUGAAUGGGACGUAUGCGCUACUGAACAUGCUUUACAACUUCCAUGGCACUGAUUGA